AUGGAUGACUAUAUUCUUGAAGAGUUGCAUAAAGCACGCAGACUUGUUGUGAGCCUUGCCAAGGAAGUUGAUGUCAAGAAUGAAAAAUUGUUUAGAAUGGAGAGCAAGUUAGAUGAGACCUUUCACAUGAUGAUGGAGGAGAAAGCUAAGCUGCAGCAAGUGCAGCGAGCUUACUCUCAAGAAGACACAGUUUGUCGCCGAAGAGUUAAAGAAUUGGAGAAGCGAGAGGCCCAGAUUGAUCUGGAGCGAAAAAGUUUACUCAUUCAGAGGGAAAAGUUGAAAGCUCAAAGCUCUACAAAACACGACUACAUAUCAACCAUCCAAAUUGAUGCCCUGAGAAAAGAACUGGAGGAAAAAGUGGAUGAGUUGCAAUCCAUGGACACCCUUAACCAAACUCUGAUAAUUAAGGAGCAUAUGAGUAACCUUGAGCUGAAAGAUGCUCACAAAGAAUUGAUAAAUGGUUUGCAAGAUAUUUGGAAUGACCAAGACCUUUUUGGAAUCAAAAGAAUGGGUGAGGUUGAUGAGAAACUGUUUAAAGAUGUGUGCUUAAAAAAAUUCCCUAAUGGUUGGGAGGUAAAUGCAGAAGAACUAAUUUUACUGUGGCAAGCCAAUGUUAGUAAUCCAAUUUGGCAUCCUUUCAAAACAGAAUUUCUUGAUGGAAAAUUGCAGGGCAUUGUUGUCAAGGAAGUAGUAAGGGACAUUGGUUUUGUCUAUUACAAUAAACAGUAUGAUGAUUUUUCCUUGUAG